AUGCCUUCAUUGAUUCAACACCGAAGGUCCAUGAAACAUUGCUCCUGCCUCUGUUGUGAUCCUUUGGAUAGCCAGGAAGAAUUGCGCGAAGCCCGUCAGCCCUCUAUCGAUAAAUACACUUGCCCUCAAUGCAAGCAGCGCUUCGCACAAAAACCAUCUCUUGAAGCUCACCAACGGGAAAAUCUGCAUGCCUACUGCUACAAGUGUGAUAUCAUCUCUUCUACGAGAUUUCUGAAUGCAUUACAUAUGCAAUCGCAUUCUUCCGCUCGAGUGACAACACUUUCCUCAGCGACACCAUUCUGGUGCUGCGACUGCGAACGGAAUUUCAAAAGUGAAAGAGCACUCACAGCUCAUCUUCGUUAUAGCCAGGUACAUACGCUGCAGAAGGGAGCCGAAAAAGAGAACUUACAAGAACAACAAGAUGAGGGCAAUCGCCAAGCGAAGUGCAAGAAAUGCCCAAAAUCUUUCAAGGAUUGCGCUGCGUUGAAGCAGCAUCUGAUGUCGGUACAUCGUAAGCCGCUGGGCGACAUUAACUUCAUGGCAAAUGUGGAGCGCAAGAAGCAAUUUAGUUUCCCAUCGGCCCAGUUACAUCAUUUGGAGGCUGUAGAACGUGUGUCUGGGAUGACAAAGACAAAAUUGAAUGCAGCUAUUGCAGUGAAUAAUUCUGAAGCAGUCAAAAUACAGGGGCCGCUGGAUCGCAAUACAUCUGAGACCUCGGCAUCGCAGAUUCGAAGUUCGAUACCCACUUCAACCUCAUUCGACUCAACUAUCACAAAACUCUACUCCAUGCUCGCCAUCUUCUGGCCUCAAGAUUCGCAUGGCUAUCAAACAUGCCCCCGCUGCCCCCGUUCCUCUACUCGCAAAUUUAAGCAUGAUGCACUUCAGCAACAUCUUUUAUCAAGCGUCCACAAUUAG